GUGCGAUGAUUCUGUCACCGUCACCUUCUAUUUCUCUAUUCUAUAACUUUGAGUUCGUUUAAUUCUUGCAUCAUAUCAUAUUUUCUUCAUUCUCAUUUUGUUCCUUCAGCGGCCAAAACCAUAGGUUCUAGAAUAAGCUUCAUAUGUGUUAAUUACACAAAAGAUCAAGUGUUGUUAGUUGUAUUCCAUUGUUUUUCACUUCAUUAGUUGCGUGUUAGUUAUUUCAUUCAUCCAAUGUUUGUUGUACUGUUACCCAUUCUCCUUGACAAAUAUAUGUGAUCUAGUUCUAUUGUAUUCAUUUAUAGAUGUUUGAAUAAUUGCAAAUUUUAAUCUCGCUUCCAGAAGAUCUUGUCGACACCAUACUAAACAAUAACUAUUAAGAGGAUGAUUAUAACAAAUAUUGCCGAGUAUGAAGCAAUUGCAAAGGAGAAGUUGCCAAAGAUGAUUUAUGACCACUUUGCGUCAGGGGCCGAUGAUCAGUGGACAUUGAAAGAGAACCGGAAUGCAUUCUCAAGGAUUAUGUUUAGGCCUCGUGUUCUUAUCGAUGUAAGCAAGAUAGAUAUGACAACAACUGUUUUAGGCUUCAAAAUAUCAAUGCCUAUCAUGAUUGCUCCUACGUCCAUGCAUAAGAUGGCUCACCCCGAAGGAGAGUGCGCUACUGCUAGAGCAGCAUCAGCAGCUGGCACCAUCAUGACACUAGCCACAGGGGCUUCAUCUAGUGUUGAGGAGGUUGCUUCAACAGGACCUGGUAUCCGUUUCUUCCAACUCUAUAUGUUUAAGGACAGAAAUAUAGUUACUCAGCUGGUGAGAAAAGCUGAAAAUGCUGGUUUCAAGGCAAUUGUCCUUACUGUAGACACUGCAGUGAUAGGUCAUAGAGAGGCUAACAUAAAAAACAGAUUUACAUUUCCACCACACUUGAGAUUUAAGAAUUAUGAAGCCAUGGCACCUAAAAGGACUAAAAAUUCUAAUCCGGCCUCCAUUGUUAAAGGCCUAUAUGACCAAUCACUCGACUGGAAGGAUGUAAAAUGGCUUCAAACAAUAACCUCAUUGCCAAUCAUACUCAAGGGUGUACUUACUGCUGAAGAUACGAGGUUAGCUAUACAAGCUGGAGCUGCUGGAAUCAUUGUUUCCAAUCAUGGUGCUCGUCAACUUGACUAUGUUCCUGCAACUUUUAUGGCUUUGGAAGAGGUUGUGCAAGCUGCAGAAGGAAGAGUUCCUGUUUUUAUGGAUGGCGGAGUUCGUGGUUGCCCUUCACUUAAGGACAUAAUCCGUGACCAUGUUGUGACAGAGCGCGACCGCCCAAGAAUCGCUCCUAGGUUAUGACACAUCAGUCUCUAUGGAGUUGGAGCUAUCAUUAAUAAACAACAUCAUAGGAACGAGUCGGUUUCCUAAUGAUUUAAAUAGGGAAGUUAUAUGUUAUGUUUUAAUUAGGAUAGCUUUGGUUAUGUGUGACGGACAUGUCUUUGUGUAAUAAUUAGGAAAAUGGGAAGGAGAAAUCCAAGUUCUCUAAAACUUGGAAGGGAGUCCCUGCAACAUAUUGCCAUCUGUUUUUCUAUUUUUUUCCUUCUAUUGGUGUGGAUUGUUUAGUGGAUUCCCACU